AUGCAUUUAUUUGGCAACCGUUCCAGCGAUCGCACACACGACAAAAAGAGUGUGGAAAAAGAAGAAGGAAUAAUUUGUCGCUGUUCAACAAAAUAAUUUAAUCAACAUGUCGGAUAUUAAGUGCUGCCUGAAGAUCUGCUUCCAGGGCGAGACGAGCUUCAUCAUCUGCGAGGCGGGCAAUAGCUACGAGGAGAUCAUAGUCCAAGCCAUGGCCCGCUUUAGCAUUCCGGAGACACAAAAGGAAGCCCUGCUGCUGACCAAUGGCAAGGGCUACAUCUUUGAGGCGCAACUCUUGGAAUACUUUCUGCUGCUCUUCCCCUGCCCGGAGAUCACUUUCCAUUUGCGACUGAGCUGGCAGAAGUUGCGCCGAGGCCUGAACAGCCUGAACCCAGCCAUAAAGCGGAAGCGUCACACAGAACCGGCGACGAAGCUGGAGCAGGCACAAGCGAAUGCUACCGCCUACCAGCCGGAGGAAUACACGCCAGUGGCUGUCUAUCGGCAGAACUGUUUUCUCGGCUCAUUGCCCAGAUCCAGCUCCGAGGCGGCUCCAGUGCGUCGUCAGAAUUGCUUCCUAAGAGAACAGCAGCCACUGCAGCAGCAGCAGCAACAGCAGCAACUGCAGCGGGAGGCGGAGAUCAGUGCUAGACAGGAGGAGCCACAGGCCAAGCGGCUCCGUCUGGACGUAUGUGUCAAGCCCAAGCGAAGUGCAUCUAUUGCGCCGCUGCCUGCCAUGCGCUCCAUACGCAUUUAGCCUGGAAGCCACCCAAAAAACAUCGUUGUACAUAGCCUCCCUCACAGUAUAUACAUAAAUACAUACAUAAUUACAUAACUAUACGAUAUACUCAUGGUAACUGUAAGCAUUAAGGUUGAACCGCUGUUAUUUUGAAACCAAAACUAAACCCAAAUAAAUGUAUACAAAUUAAUUACU